UUCCCUUGGUCCCCGGAAGAAGGCGGAGCGUCGCGAGUCUGGACCCGGUACCUGGGGCGGAGGCAGAGGCGGAGGCGGAGGCGGAGGCGGAGGAGGUUUGAAAGAUCCUGGUUUGUUUUCUGGGGGCCGAGGCUGCUCUAAGGUCCGGGUGUUUGUGUCGUCCUGCGCGCGUCAUCGGGGAGCUCCGUUGAAGGGCCCCGUUUCCUAGCUACGGUGCCCCUCCCUCCUGGGGACAGAGUAGCGGACCGGCGGACAGUGUCUGCGUCCCGCCAAGGAGCCAGAAGCUUAAGUGAAGAUGGUACACGUUAGAAGACAUGAAACAAGGAAAAAUUCUAAAACUCAAGAGUGUGAACAGAAAUCUCGAGUUGACUGGAGGCGGACUAGAAGAAGUAAUCUCUCACAAUUGUGUGACAGUGAUGACGAGCUUGAGAGCGAUGAGCUCGAGAGUGAUGAAAGUGUUGACGAUGAUGAGAGUGCUGACAGUGAUGAAGACCCUGAUGCUAACAAGGGGCUUGAUAGUCAUAAAAAGCCAGCAGAUGAAAGCAAGCUUAACUCGAUUAAAGUCGCAAGCGAAGAAAACAACAGUAAGCAUCUCAUUAACACCAGCAGCAGUUCAACGUAUGAAGAAGAAAAGAACAAAAUCAAACAUGGGAACAUUGACUUACCAGAUCAGGAAAUGCAUUUAAGUCAAGAGGAGGGUGAUCUCAACAAACGCACUGGACAAAUAAUAGAGGAGGAUUUGGAAGAAGAACACAUCAAGCGAGGGAAGAGAAAAAGGGUCUCCUCUGUGAUGUAUGACAGCGAUGAGAGUGACGACAGUGACAUCCUAGUUAGAAAAGUGGGCAUUAAACGUCCGCGUAGGGUGGUUGAAGAUGAAUCUUCUUCUGUGGAGAUGGAGCAAAAAAAGCCUGAAAAAACCUCAGCCACAAAAAAGCGAGAGCAGCUCCAGAAACUCAAAGAACUCUCAAAACAAAGAUCUCGUCAGAGACGCAAUAGUAGUAGAGAUUUUGAGGACUCCGAAAAGGAAUCCUGCACAAGCAGCGAUGAAAAUGAUGAUGAAGAAGAGGAGGAUUAUGAAGAUGAUGAAGAUGGAGAUGAUUACAUUAUUGAUGACUUUGUAGUACAAGAUGAGGAGGGUGAUGAAGAGAAUGAAAGCCAACGAGGAGAAAAAUUGACUACAUCACAGCUGAAAUUAGUAAAACAGAAUUCUCUUUAUUCUUUUAGUGACCACUAUACUCACUUCGAAAGAGUUGUGAAGGCUCUUCUGAUCAAUGCUUUAGAUGAAUCUUUUCUGGGAACAUUAUAUGAUGGCACCAGGCAAAAGUCAUACGCACAAGAUAUGUUGACGUCUCUUCACUAUUUGGAUGAUCGCUUUGUUCAGCCUCGUCUAGAGAGCUUAGCUUCUAGAAGUCGUUGGAAAGAGCAAUAUAAGGAGCGGGUAGAAAAUUAUUCUAAUGUGAGUAUUCAUCUGAAGAAUCCUGAGAACUGUUCCUGCCAGGCUUGUGGGCUGCAUCGCCACUGUAAAUAUUCAGUGCAUCUGUCAGGAAAGUUGUAUAACACCAGGACUAUGGAAACAGAUGACUUCAUGUCACAUGAUAAGCAGGUGUUUACUGUGGGCAGAAUUUGUGCUGAUCGUACCAGAAUUUAUCAUAAACUGAAACAUUUUAAAUUCAAGCUGUACCAGGAAUGUUGCUCCAUUGCAAAGACAGAAGAAGUGGAGGAUGAACAAGUUAAAGAAACAGUGGAAAGAAUUUUCAAUCAGUCAAAGGAAAGUGGCUGGAUUGAGGAGAAAUAUGGUCAACUUCAAGAAUAUCUCAAUUUUGCGGAUUACUUUCAAGAUGAGAAGUUUGACUGAAUUGUAACACAUUUCCUUCCGAGAAGAUUUUAUAAAUUCCUGUAAAUGUGAAGAUCAUGAGUCUUAUUUCUCUGUAUCAUGUGACAUAUUUGUAUAUUUUAUGUGUAUCUUCAUGGCAAAAUAUCUUGUGUGAAACAUGUGUUCAUCGGAAUUUCCAUGAGACGGCACUCUACCAUUUAAUAAAGCUUUUAUCUGCUGUACAUAGGAAACAUAAGCUUAAUAAUUUUUAAUUAAGUGUAUUUUAAAGUUAUAUAACAAUGCCUUUAUAACAGAUGACUAUCAAGUGAAUAAGCUGUUUAUGUCCUGUCAGUUUAGUAGAAAAACACUGUAUUUAAAUGUAUUUAGACUAACAUCUCUGUGUAUUUACUGCUGCAUCCCUGCCCAGAGCUGUUUAUUACCCUUUUGCAGUAUUAAAUGAUCUUCACGAAUAUAUUUUUUACUACUAUCAUUAUCUAAAUCAGUGGGACAUGGAAGAAACCUCAGUGUUUCAUUCAGUUCAGUUCCCUUGCCUCAGAAUCAAACUGUUAGUUUACCCAUUCGAAGUAGAGGAGUGUUUUUUGUUUUUGUUUUUUCUUUUCUGAAGUUCCCCUUACAAAUAGAUUUCAGGCCUGCAGAGUCUUCCAACCCUCACAUUCAGGAAUAAUUUCAUGACAUGUAUUUUCAUGCUUCAUAAUGUUCUUUCUUUUUUCUAUCCAAUUUUGUCUGUGUUAAUAAUUAAGAUGUAUUUUAUUUAUUUUUAUCCAGAACUUUUCCCAUAGAAGUAUUUGUUAGGAUUAGAAGAUCUCAAAGAGACAAAUUCAGCCAAAAAUAGUUUAAAAGCGUAUUUUGGCAUCUGCAUUGCUUUGUACCUCUAAAUUUUCCCAUAACAUAAUAAAGUAAAAUGGUUUUGGAGUGAUCCAAUG